AUGUUAUUUGAGCUAUUUCAGUGAAGUGAGAGGGAAGCGAAACAUACUGUAUGUAGGAGGUUCAGCCUGUUCAAGGCUAGAUUACAUUGAGUAGUCUGCACUUGGAUGAUAUUGGUUUCUACAGGACUGGAAAUGCAAAUUGGAGAACCAUGUCAAAUUCAUGGGUUUCGUUUUAACAGGCGGCAUUGAAGACAUGAGCACUCACUCUAAACAAUUUUGCCAGCAGAUAGGAGUCUCUGGCUUGUGGGUGCAGGUUGAGACUCAGCCUGCGUAAAGUGUCUUUUGUUUUAGGACCUAGUUUGACCUAAUCCUAUGUUAAAUCGUUUCAGCUGAUCAAGCAGGGAAACAGUUUGAUGUAAUCCUAAUUUGGCUGGUUUCAGUUUUCUAGCAAUAUUGUUGAGCGUUUUUGGAGUUGCCUUGCGCAAUUAAGAAAUGUAUCCUUAGCUCGUUUUUGGGGAUAUGAAAGGAACUUUUUUUUUUUAAAUCACUGAUAUUGAAGUGAAAUUGUUGGUAACAGUUAUGUCUGACCAGUUGCUCUCUAAUGAGCGGUCUUUACCCCUCUUCAGGCGGUUGUGUUACGCAGCUGGUCACUUUUUGAACGACCUUUGCGCGUCAUUAUGGUUUACCUACCUAUUGGUCUACUACCAUUCCGUGCUUGGGUUCAAGAGCACAUAUGCAGGUGUAUUGCUGUUUAUAGGUCAAAUAGCGGAUGGUGUCUCCACGCCCCUUGUCGGUAUCGAGUCGGAUCGAACAGCUGGAUGUGGAGCAUAUGGCAAAAGAAAAACAUGGCAUUUAGUCGGCACUAUCAGUGUACUUAUCUCCUUUCCCUUCAUAUUUAACCCGUGUCUGGGAUGUGGUGACAACACUCCACAGUGGGUGUGGCUCACCUAUUUCACCCCCUUCAUCAUCAUCUUCCAGUUUGGCUGGGCCACCACCCAGAUCUCCCACCUGUCACUCAUCCCAGAGCUGGUGUCCAGUGAGCAUGCCAAGGUGGAGCUCACUGCCUACAGGUAUGCGUUCACGGUGGUGGCCAAUAUUACAGUGUAUGCUGUGGCCUUGUUACUCUUUCACUUCCAGGCCCAGCAGACUGGAGAUCCCUCUGUCACUGACAGCUUGGGCAUUGUUGACAUCCCCAUAUUCAGGGAUCUGUCCCUCAUUGUGCUGGGGAUCGGGGCAGUGUUUUCUUUCGUCUUCCACCUGGGCACCCGAGAGAGGGUUCCUCACAGGGAAGAGCCAGGCGCGCAGAAUGAUGAGAGUCAACCCCUGAUCUCCCCAACUUCCCAUAACACCAUACCCCAAUCUCUCCUCCAAUGGAAUCAUUGGCUGAAGGAGCCUUCAUUUUACCAGGUUGCUUUUCUGUACAUGUGCACCAGGUUGACAGUCAACUUGUCCCAGACCUACGUUUCCAUGUAUCUCAUCAACUCCUUAUUGCUACCAAAGAACUUCAUUGCCACCGUUCCAUUAGUGAUGUAUGUCAGUGGGUUUGUGUGUUCUCUGGUCAUGAAGCCAAUCAGCAAGCUCGUAGGCAUUAGUAUGACUUAUUUGCUUGGCCUUGUGCUGAUCCUGGGGUUUUCCUCCUGGGUGUUGGUGGGCAUGAACAUAGGGAGGCUGAUCUAUGGAGCUGCUGUACUGCUGGGUGCAGGCUCUGCCACCAUCCUGGUCAUGUCGCUCUCCAUGACGGCCAAACUGAUUGGAGAGCAGACGCAAAGUGGGGCCUUUGUGUACGGGGCGAUGAGCUUCACAGAUAAGGUGGCCAAUGGCAUUGGUGUCGUCAUAAUCCAGAGACUGCAUCCCUGCAAUUCACAAGACAGCUGUCCAGAAAGUGUGUGGUUCUAUCGUGAUGUCAUGGUGAUUGUGACCGGGGGUGUGGCCUUAGCAGCAGCAAUUUCCCUAUGCACCCUCCUCAUCUGGCCUAUUAGGAUCCGCCAACGUUUACCCAGUACUUCUGUCCAGAUGGAGGCAGAAGAUAGAGAAUGAGACUACACAGGAGUCAACUGAAGAACAGAGAUUCAUUACACUGAUUAAUCUGUGGGGAAAACAUUGUGCCUGUUCACAGGACAAAGACCAGGAGACGUUCAGUAUACCCAUUGGAAAUACAAUAGGAACUUUACAGCAAGACUUUAACAUCCCCAUAUCUAUCUAUACCUUUAAGCGAUUUAGAUGUAAUGCAUUUAUGGGGAAUUUAUGGGGGAAAAAAAUCAUUUUUUAAACGUUUAUGUCUCAAGUCAGUGAAUAACAUUCUUAUUUACAAUGAUGGGUACCAAUAAAUGGGUACAAUAUUCUACUUUAUAAUAAUACUGUCUACUUACACAGACAUGCCAAUGUUUUACACUUAAAAGGGAAUCACUUUUUUCUCUUUCUUCCAUUGCUUAUUGUCUCCAUUAUUUCCUUCAGAUUUUCAUUGUACAGAUUUUGAAAUUGUCAGUCACUUAGCGAUGUAAACUGUUUUUGCAUUAUUCUUUUCAGAUUUAAAAUGUUAAUAUGUCUUGUUUCCUUUACGAUUUUGAGAGCUUUUGGACACGUUUGCCUGAUGCAUGGUGGAAAGAAUGACAAAAUGACCACAAUGCCUAGUUUCUGAUGAAAAUGCAGAUGGGUUAUCUCAGAGGAAUAAACAUUUACGUCUCACUCACAUCUUCACAGAGCGAGAUGAGACAAUUCAUCAUCA